ACUUUCCAAACUUCUGAGAAACGUAGAACCUAUGGUGAGAGGAAAGGAACUGAACAGGAAGCUUGGACAGCAAGCUGAUUUCCUUUCUUAACUGAGAGUACUGUGCUUUCUGUCUUCUCAAACUUCUUCCAUUGACACUUCCCUUGGGAUUGAGGGACAGUGCUUGGAGAAUAAGGACUAAUGGAGUUAGAAGCCAUAGAACUCUGUCCUUAUGACCCAAACCACAGGAUACCAGCCAGCAGGUUACAAUACCAUCUGGCAUCAUGCAAAAAGAAAAAUCCAAAGAUAGCUAAAAAGAUGGCUAACUGCAAAUAUAAUGCUUGUCAUGUGGUCCCAAUCAAAAGGCUCAAGGAACAUGAGGCCAACUGUGUCAACAGAACUGCAGUUGAUGAUGAGCCACUUAAUCUUCUAAAGAUUACUUGCCCAAGUUUUGAAGGAAAUGAAAACUCCAAUGCUGGCAAUCAGAUUACUGACCCCGAUGUCUGGAAUGUGGAUCAUAUGCAUCAUUCUCCUUCAUUUGUUCUUGAGACUUUUGCUCCAAAAAUGCUGGUUUGUGAAAGUGACUCAAGAGACCUACAAGAGGCUGUGGCUGAUAAACAUCCUAACAGCUACAAGUCCUGGGGAAGAGGUCAGAAAAACUGAUGGAAACAUUGCAAACUGAAGUGCCAGCAAACAGCAAGAACUUGUUUUUAAACCUUAGGAAAAUCUCAGCUUUUAAGUAACAACCCUGGUGUCUGCCAUCUUAACAUGUUUUUAUUUAAAUAAAGAAUAUUUUCCUUUGACAAACUUA